AUGCCAAAUCAGAGGAAGAGCAGACAACCAGCGGCAGCCAGCAACUCAAACACCACAGAGGAACAGAGAACCAGCGGCAGCCAGCAACUCAAACACCAUAGAGGAACAGAACCAGCGACCAGCAACUCAAACACCACAGAGCAACAGAACCAGCAACUGCCAGCAACUCAAACACCACAGAGCAACAGAACCAGCAACUGCCAGCAACUCAAACACCACAGAGCAACAGAACCAGCAACUGCCAGCAACUCAAACACCACAGAGCAACAGAACCAGCAACUGCCAGCAACUCAAACACCACAGAGGAACAGAACCAGCCACUGCCAGCAACUCAAACACCACAGAGGAACAGAACCAGCGACCAGCAACUCAAACACCACAGAGGAACAGAACCAGCGACCAGCAACUCAAACACCACAGAGGAACAGAACCAGCGACCAGCAACUCAAACACCACAGAGCAACAGAACCAGCAACUGCCAGCAACUCAAACACCACAGAGCAACAGAACCAGCCACUGCCAGCAACUCAAACACCACAGAGGAACAGAACCAGCGACCAGCAACUCAAACACCACAGAGCAACAGAACCAGCGACCAGCAACUCAAACACCACAGAGGAACAGAACCAGCGACCAGCAACUCAAACACCACAGAGCAACAGAACCAGCAACUGCCAGCAACUCAAACACCACAGAGGAACAGAACCAGCAACUGCCAGCAACUCAAACACCACAGAGCAACAGAACCAGCAACUGCCAGCAACUCAAACACCACAGAGCAACAGAACCAGCGACCAGCAACUCAAACACCACAGAGGAACAGAACCAGCCACUGCCAGCAACUCAAACACCACAGAGCAACAGAACCAGCAACUGCCAGCAACUCAAACACCACAGAGCAACAGAACCAGCGACCAGCAACUCAAACACCACAGAGGAACAGAACCAGCCACUGCCAGCAACUCAAACACCACAGAGGAACAGAACCAGCGACCAGCAACUCAAACACCACAGAGGAACAGAACCAGCGACCAGCAACUCAAACACCACAGAGGAACAGAACCAGCGACCAGCAACUCAAACACCACAGAGCAACAGAACCAGCAACUGCCAGCAACUCAAACACCACAGAGCAACAGAACCAGCCACUGCCAGCAACUCAAACACCACAGAGGAACAGAACCAGCGACCAGCAACUCAAACACCACAGAGCAACAGAACCAGCGACCAGCAACUCAAACACCACAGAGGAACAGAACCAGCAACCAGCAACUCAAACACCACAGAGCAACAGAACCAGCAACUGCCAGCAACUCAAACACCACAGAGCAACAGAACCAGCAACUGCCAGCAACUCAAACACCACAGAGCAACAGAACCAGCGACCAGCAACUCAAACACCACAGAGGAACAGAACCAGCCACUGCCAGCAACUCAAACACCACAGAGCAACAGAACCAGCAACUGCCAGCAACUCAAACACCACAGAGCAACAGAACCAGCGACCAGCAACUCAAACACCACAGAGGAACAGAACCAGCCACUGCCAGCAACUCAAACACCACAGAGCAACAGAACCAGCAACCAGCAACUCAAACACCACAGAGCAACAGAACCAGCGACCAGCAACUCAAACACCACAGAGGAACAGAACCAGCAACCAGCAACUCAAACACCACAGAGGAACAGAACCAGCGACCAGCAACUCAAACACCACAGAGCAACAGAACCAGCAACACCAGCAACUCAAACACCACAGAGCAACAGAACCAGCAACUGCCAGCAACUCAAACACCACAGAGCAACAGAACCAGCAACUGCCAGCAACUCAAACACCACAGAGCAACAGAACCAGCAACCAGCAACUCAAACACCACAGAGCAACAGAACCAGCAACCAGCAACUCAAACACCACAGAGGAACAGAACCAGCGACUGCCAGCAACUCAAACACCACAGAGCAACAGAACCAGCCACUGCCAGCAACUCAAACACCACAGAGCAACAGAACCAGCAACCAGCAACUCAAACACCACAGAGCAACAGAACCAGCCACUGCCAGCAACUCAAACACCACAGAGCAACAGAACCAGCGACUGCCAGCAACUCAAACACCACAGAGCAACAGAACCAGCAACCAGCAACUCAAACACCACAGAGCAACAGAACCAGCAACUGCCAGCAACUCAAACACCACAGAGCAACAGAACCAGCAACCAGCAACUCAAACACCACAGAGCAACAGAACCAGCAACCAGCAACUCAAACACCACAGAGCAACAGAACCAGCCACUGCCAGCAACUCAAACACCACAGAGCAACAGAACCAGCCACUGCCAGCAACUCAAACACCACAGAGCAACAGAACCAGCCACUGCCAGCAACUCAAACACCACAGAGCAACAGAACCAGCAACCAGCAACUCAAACACCACAGAGCAACAGAACCAGCGACCAGCAACUCAAACACCACAGAGCAACAGAACCAGCAACUGCCAGCAACUCAAACACCACAGAGGAACAGAACCAGCAACACCAGCAACUCAAGCACCACAGAGGAACAGAACCAGCGACCAGCAACUCAAACACCACAGAGCAACAGAACCAGCAACCAGCAACUCAAACACCACAGAGCAACAGAACCAGCAACCAGCAACUCAAACACCACAGAGGAACAGAACCAGCAACCAGCAACUCAAACACCACAGAGGAACAGAACCAGCAACCAGCAACUCAAACACCACAGAGCAACAGAACCAGCGACCAGCAACUCAAACACCACAGAGGAACAGAACCAGCGACCAGCAACUCAAACACCACAGAGCAACAGAACCAGCAACCAGCAACUCAAACACCACAGAGCAACAGAACCAGCAACUGCCAGCAACUCAAACACCACAGAGGAACAGAACCAGCGACCAGCAACUCAAACACCACAGAGCAACAGAACCAGCAACUGCCAGCAACUCAAACACCACAGAGCAACAGAACCAGCAACUGCCAGCAACUCAAACACCACAGAGCAACAGAACCAGCGACACCAGCAACUCAAACACCACAGAGCAACAGAACCAGUGACCAGCAACUCAAACACCACAGAGCAACAGAACCAGCAACCAGCAACUCAAACACCACAGAGCAACAGAACCAGCAACUGCCAGCAACUCAAACACCACAGAGCAACAGAACCAGUGACCAGCAACUCAAACACCACAGAGCAACAGAACCAGCAACCAGCAACUCAAACACCACAGAGCAACAGAACCAGCAACUGCCAGCAACUCAAACACCACAGAGCAACAGAACCAGCGACUGCCAGCAACUCAAACACCACAGAGGAACAGAACCAGCGACCAGCAACACAAACACCACAGAGCAACAGAACCAGCAACUGCCAGCAACUCAAACACCACAGAGCAACAGAACCAGCCACUGCCAGCAACUCAAACACCACAGAGGAACAGAACCAGCAACCAGCAACUCAAACACCACAGAGCAACAGAACCAGCAACUGCCAGCAACUCAAACACCACAGAGGAACAGAGAACCAGCAACUGCCAGCAACUCAAGCACCACAGAGCAACAGAACCAGCAACUGCCAGCAACUCAAACACCACAGAGCAACAGAACCAGCAACUGCCAGCAACUCAAACACCACAGAGCAACAGAACCAGCGACCAGCAACUCAAACACCACAGAGCAACAGAACCAGCAACUGCCAGCAACUCAAACACCACAGAGCAACAGAACCAGCAACCAGCAACUCAAACACCACAGAGCAACAGAACCAGCAACUGCCAGCAACUCAAACACCACAGAGGAACAGAGAACCAGCAACUGCCAGCAACUCAAGCACCACAGAGCAACAGAACCAGCAACUGCCAGCAACUCAAACACCACAGAGCAACAGAACCAGCAACUGCCAGCAACUCAAACACCACAGAGGAACAGAACCAGCCACUGCCAGCAACUCAAACACCACAGAGCAACAGAACCAGCAACCAGCAACUCAAACACCACAGAGCAACAGAACCAGCAACUGCCAGCAACUCAAACACCACAGAGGAACAGAACCAGCAACUGCCAGCAACUCAAACACCACAGAGCAACAGAACCAGCCACUGCCAGCAACUCAAACACCACAGAGCAACAGAACCAGCAACCAGCAACUCAAACACCACAGAGCAACAGAACCAGCAACUGCCAGCAACUCAAACACCACAGAGGAACAGAACCAGCAACCAGCAACUCAAACACCACAGAGCAACAGAACCAGUGACCAGCAACUCAAACACCACAGAGGAACAGAACCAGCGACCAGCAACUCAAACACCACAGAGGAACAGAACCAGCGACCAGCAACUCAAACACCACAGAGCAACAGAACCAGCCACUGCCAGCAACUCAAACACCACAGAGCAACAGAACCAGCAACCAGCAACUCAAACACCACAGAGGAACAGAACCAGCAACCAGCAACUCAAACACCACAGAGCAACAGAACCAGUGACCAGCAACUCAAACACCACAGAGGAACAGAACCAGUGACCAGCAACUCAAACACCACAGAGCAACAGAACCAGCAACUGCCAGCAACUCAAACACCACAGAGGAACAGAACCAGCGACCAGCAACUCAAACACCACAGAGGAACAGAACCAGCGACCAGCAACUCAAACACCACAGAGGAACAGAACCAGUGA